AUGCACCCCCCACCCAACGCACCGCCCCCGCGCGCAACCUACGCCACGCGCGGCAGUGGCACCACCCAGCGCAGCAGCUCCAGUUCGACACAGCGCCCCGACGACCACAACGAGCGCCAGCCUGUACGCGACACGGCCCCCCGCCCCGCCACCCACCACGAGCGCCAGCGCGAGCCGCGCGUGCGGUUCACCCCGUCGACCCGCGGCCCAGGCUCAGGAUCGGAGAGCACCGUCCGUCCCAGUCCCAGCUCCAGCGCCGUCCGCCCUACGACCCCGGCCCCCAGUGCCGCCCCCGCUCCCACCCCCGGCCACGAUGCGCCCCGUUCCACACUAGAGUUCGAUUUCCACUUUGACACCAACCGCGUCGGUAUUAGGUACAGGCCUGCGCCGCCGCGGGCAGCUGCACACCCUGUCCCAGAGGGGAGCCUCGAUCCUGUGAUGGAGGGUGCCGCUCGUUCCAGCCCCGAGAACACUGUUCACCCUUCGCACCAGAGCGCUGGCCCCAGUAGCCCCCCUCCCCGUCCCCGCUCUGCUGCGCAGGCUCCGACUCCUCCGCGCCAGAGCGCUGGCCCAAGUGGCCCCUCACAUUCCCGUCCUGUCCCCCAGGCGGUGACGCCACGUUACACCCACAGCUCUUCGAACCCACCGGCGUUUUCACGUGGACCAGGCUCCGAGAGCACCGCUAGCUCAAGCUCCAAGGGCACCGUUCGUCCUUCGCGCCAGAUUGCUGGCCCCAGUAUCCCCCCUCCCAGUCCCCGCUCUGCCGUCCGGGCAGUACAGCCCAGCUACAUCCACAGCUCGUCGAACCCGCCUGCGUUUGCACGUGGUCCAGGCUCUGAAAGCACCGCUAGCUCAAGCUCAGAUAGCACCGGCCGCCCUGCGCAUAACCGUCGCAGUGCCAACGACCGUGCUCCCAGCUCCCACUCCAGUGUGCUGUCUGACCGCCCACCCCCAGUGCCGCCCAAGGACAUCCACACCUCUGUUCACCCACAAGCACUCGUGCGCUCCCAGUCGGACUGGGAUGGAAGGACCAUCCACCCCAUGCACAACGUUGCCGGCCCGAGCCGCCACGCUCCCAGCGCCCACGACCCGGCGCCACCUGGACCCGACUACCUCUACAGCUCUGUCCAGCCGGCCACAUUCGCGCGCUCCGACACCUCCUCGGACGACGGCACCAUCCGCCCCGACUCCGAUCUCAUUGUCCGCCAGGCCGACCCGCCUGAAAGCCUCGAAAGCUACGACGGGUACACCGGACACCUUAGCCGUACAAAGGGCGCCAGGACCGCCCCUCUCCCUCCCCCGCGUAUCGUCCUCCAGUCCCCCACUCCGCCAGAGUCAGUUUUAGAGCGUCUCCAGCUCCGUGACCUGCCUGUGGAGGACGGAACGGACGUCAGCGUUCCCCUCAGUGGUAGCUACUACAGCAGCGGAUACACUGGGGCCGGACCCGACGGGAGCUACGUCCACAGCGGCUUCUCCGACAGCCCAGCGGGCAGUGGUGCCAUGGUUCCAACGGGUGCGACGGCCACCAGCCAGUCUCUUGUUCCACGUUCAGCGCCAUACAACAGUGCCCAGGCUCUCGUUCAUCGUCCAGUGCCUAGUAACAGUGGCCAUGCCCUCGUCCCCCGUCCAGCUCCACGCAACAGUGGCCCUCGCGUCCGCAGCUUUGUAGGCAGCUGGGUGGAGGAGCAGAGCGUAGUAGCUGCAGACCAAUCAUUCGCCACCGACCGCCCAGUCUCAUACGGACCCUCCGACCACCGAGGUUCCGCCCCACCGCCAUUCCACCUCCACCCCCUGCGUGAAAAGUACGCCUUCAUGCCGUACGACUACUUCUGCGCGGCCGUGAGCGGCACGUUGCCCCCGUGGCUCCUGUAUGUAGUGUUCAACCGCUACUGGCGUGCGCCGGAGCUCUCCACAGUCCCCCACGACCCCGGGGCGCACCUCUCGACCAUCCUACCGUCCUUCGAGAUCCUCUCCGUUGCAUGGAUUCAGCUCUGCUCCCUGUGCUCGGGGGGCGACCCGGAGGUCGUAGCCGCCAUGGCCGACCACCUCCAAUGGCUCGGCAUCCUUGCGCACGGUUUCACCUGGGCUUCGGUGUGCGAGUUCCACUGCCGCAUGACGGCGCCGAUUUUCCAGCGCGGCCUGCACGCGCGCAGCUGGCACGGCAUCAGGUACAAUGACCCCCAGUACCAGGGUGCCCUGGUCCGCCUCCCCCAAGGCGUGGUGAGCUCCCACAUUGCGACUGGCAAGGAUCAGGUGUGCAUGCUGUGGAACUUCAACGACUGCCCCAUCUCCGGCCCACCCGGCCCGUGCCGCGUCGGCAGGAAGCACGUGUGCAUGACCUGCUGGGGAGAACACAAGGCGAAAGACUGCCCCGAGGGCUGGAAGGCCGAGAAGAUGUGUGGAGAGGGUGAGGCAGCCGUAGGCGGCAUGGAGGCGCCAAGGGGCUGCUACUGGUGGAACCAUGGCCGCUGUGCUGAGCCGUGCGGAUGGGGCAUGAGGCACGCGUGCACCAUCUGCAGCGGCACGCACAGGGAGCCGCAGUGCCCCUACAAGAAGAAGAAGACGCACAAGUUUUAG